AGCAUUGUGUAGUCUAAUUGCUUAAAACAAAUCAAAUACGUCAGCAAACUUUUUUUUUUCUCAUUUUAAUUUGAUAAUUUCCGUGGUAGCGAAUCACGCCGCUCCUUAUUAAAUCACGUGACUCCAAACCCGGAACAAUAACAAAUUUUGACUCUUUCGACUCAGGAAAAACAUUGAGGAAAAAAACUUAUGUAUUUCUUAUUAUUUAUUUUAUAUAUUUAACACCAACAAUGAAAUCAGCGUUAUUUCAUGUAAUUGUACCCUUUUUAAUUUGCAUAACAUUGGCGAAUACCUCACUUUUCGACCGAGUAAAAGUGGAUUUAACGUAUGAUCACUAUGCUGAAAAGGUUGUGGAUUACUUCCCAUUUUUAAUCGCCAUGCCUUUCAACUCUCUGAUCAACAUUGCUUAUAUGUUAAUGGGACUUUUCUGGUUGCUGAAAUACAGGGAUAAAAAUGAAACUAAAGAUGAAAGAUACACGAGGGAAGUUUUUGCUUUAAUGGCAAUAUUUUACGCACCUGUUCAGUGGUGGCGCCUGGCUGUACUUCAGCGCGCUCCUGCUGUUUUGGACCAGUGGUUUACUCUGCCUAUUUUCGCUUGGGUCCCCAUUUGGAUUAACUUCAUACAAGACAAAACAACCAAAAAGUACGCAUUUGUAGCGGAACUUUGCUCUAUUUUAAGCUACGGUCUUUCCCUCAAGUUUGAGUGGGGAUUUGAAACAGCUUUGGGGUGCCAUGUCUUCCUUGCGAUCUAUAAAGGAACACAAGUCCAGCUACGUCUUGGAAAUCACCAAACAUUUACUUACUUGGUCCUUGCAAUGCUGUCCUGCGCCGGUUUUGUGGUGCUAAAAUUACUGGAUCAUUGGCUCGCCCAGUUUUGGAUUUUCCAACGGAUGACGGGACAUUUUUGGUCCAAAGUUUGCGAUGUAUUGCAAUUUCAUUAUAGUUUUUGCUUUUUAACAACACUGACGCAAAUUACGCACAAAGCAAAAGACUGAGGGAGACUGUUGUUAAAUAAAUGAUAGGAUAUUAUAGCUCCAAGAUUUUUAUACAUGCCUCAAUUUAUUUGAACGCAAAAACAAGUACGCCACAUCAAAUACAGCAUCAGUUAAUAUUUGUUUAAAUUAAAAGUUUAAUUUUCUUGGACAGAAAUUUACCUGAUUUAACAUUAUAUUUUAUACAAAUAUACACGUCCUAUUAUUGUAGUGUAGUGUUGUUAUCUCGAAGCUGAGCAAAGGUUCAAUACAAACUUUGAUAUCUUAAUGAUUUUGAAGAACAAUUUUUGACAUUAAUUUCCAACACAAAAUAAAAGGUUUGUUGAAUAUUGCCUCAUGGUUUUAUAGGCCUACUAGUACUGAUACACUAAGAACAUUCUAAAUGUAAAGCUAUGGGUAUCGCUUUGUUAACAACCCCUAGCUCAGGAUGGUUCAAAUGCAAAGGACAUAUUUUCCUACCAAGACUACAAAUCUACACUUUUU